ACCACACGCGUGGGCCCCCUUGUUUGCACAGUGGUGGGUUGGAUGGACCAGCAUUUUUCUUUUCCGCCCAGAUAUUUCGCCAGCUUGAAUAUUAGGAUCUCCUUACAUCCCUCAUCCUUUUUCCUCUUCCCUCUCCCCGUCGUCUGUUAUCUUCCCCAACGUUUCAACCGUGCUCGGCUUUUUAUGUGGCGACACGACGCACUGACCACAUACACUACUUGUUCUCCCGACUCGGUUAGAAAGGUCAAGUCUGUCGAUGCCUUUCGAGACAAGCAAAGCCUUUCACCUUUGACAACUUUAUCUACAGCGACUUCAAAGGUUUGCAUUUCCAAAAAGCUUUAGCCACCAUUUAAACUUGCUAUGAUCUGCGUCCGUUGCCGGCCCGAUGCAGAAAAAUGUUUCAAAGCGAGAAGCUAACCUCCAGCUUACGUGCAGGAUACCACACCUAAGAAACCUUUUGUAAUUGUUGUCUCGGGGGCUCCCAAUGUUGGAAAAUCCG